AUGGCGUCACGACGGGCCAUGUCCCGGCCGUCGACACUCAAUUUCUUUCAAGGUCAUCAUGCAACACGGCCGCGUCCACGAUCAUUCACGCAUAGAACCUCUCUUCUCCUAGUUGCUCGACCUACUCCACGCCCACAGCUGCCCUUCCUCAACCCUGUGUCUCGAGUAAAUGCCAUUCAAGCCCAGGUAGGGCGUUUCAUCUCCACUGAACGCAAGCAAAGAUGGAAACACAACUUCUGGCGUCAGGUCCGAUUCCACGGUUAUCUAUGGCCCUCAAUAUUCCUUGUCGUCGUCGUCAUGAACGGCCUCAAGCAUGUCAAACUCGAGCAGGAAUACCCCACGCCGCCGGAAUGGAGCUUUUGGACUCGCUGGUCAUAUCGCAUGGCCAAGUACUCAGAGUUCGAAGAGGAGGCCAAGAUUCAUCGUGUCUUGACGGACUGGAGGCAGGCUGGAGUUUACUAUAUGGAGGUACUGAAGAGGCUGGAGAGCGAAAAGUAUGAUGGAAAAGAUCUGGUUCGUAACUCUUCAGAUCAGGAAGACGGCUUCAAUAUCAAUGCCAAAAGUGAGCAGUGGCAACGAAGCUAUCUUGAGGUCUUGAUGGGAGCUGCACGUGUUUCAGAGAAUCUGCAGGGCAUGUGUAGGAGGAAAGGCGAUCCAAAGGGCAAAAUCUAUCCUCGAGAGUGCAUCCCCGGUCCUGAUAACCCACGCCCCAAGCCCUUGCCAUGGAAUAAGAACAAAUCUCACAAAAAUCCACCACACGCCCACGAGGUCGAGGAUGCUUUCCCAUCUCCUCAUAUCUUUUACAAUAGAAUUCUAACCACCGACAGCUUCACCACCAGAGAACGGCUCGAUGCAGCCCUGGCUUAUGCUGACUGGAUGGAGUUUACCGGCCAGGCGGAGGCUUCAGAUCAGUGGUACCAGCGAGGUGUCAUGAUUGCAUCCCGGGCUUUGCCAGCCAACGUGAGAGAUUCAGUGGUCGACUUGAACUCUGGCGUUAUCAACAAAACUCAUGAUGAGGAUGUUACGGACAACGUCUUGAAAGCGUCCACCGCAUUAGCGGUACACUAUGCUAGAGGCGGGCGUGUCAAGGAUGCACUACCAAUAUUCCUCAGUGUAUUGCGAGCUAGGAAAUCAUUGCCCCCGUCGCCAUUGGGAGCAACUGGGAAAAAAGAAAGGACCAGGCAAAACAACAACACUUGGCUGGAGAAUCUCUAUGCUCUAAAGGAUUUGAUCAUCGAAAGACCAUUUCCUCCUCCAUCACCAACGGGAGACGAGCGUCCUUACCACACCUUAAAAGAAGCCUGCGAAGAAGUCGCUUUGAUGACCUACAUUGGUGAAAUUCUGUUCGCUACAAGCGAGAGUGAACGGGAAAAGGGGCUGGGCUGGACGAGAGAUAGCGUUGACGCUGCUGAGGCUGUCAUGUGGGUCAUGGAUGAGCAGAAGGUGGAUGAUGGUCGAGAAACAUGUCGUCAAUGUCUUGAAACUGGGCUCCAGAAUUGGAAAGAAAUGGCACGUCACAUGGCCCGGCUUGCGGGGACGAAAGAAGCCGAAAUUCGAAAUGGUUCUGGACUCUUAGGCUUGGGGUUCGGCAAAUCCGGACAACUUUCAAAGGCUCACCAGGAGACGAUGAGAUGGGAGGAAGAGAACGAGGUUAUCGAGCUGAGACGACAGAAAACACUUCCUUUGACACAAGCUCCAAAAGCUGUUGUUGGAGACUGGCGCGCUAACUCUGCCUGA